GUUCCACGAAAUAAAUCGGCAUGCCACUUAUGCAAUUGAUGACUUUUCACGAUGUACUAUAUCCCUAAAAGAAAGAAGUGUUGACCUCAAAUUAUGCUGUGCUUCCCACGAUGUUAUAGAAACGUAAUUUCAUAUUACUCAUUCAAUAUAUAGGUAAUGACGAAGAUUAUCCACGCGCGCAUAAGACAGAAAUAGUGCUGACCAUAAACCUCACUCAUUUGCUGACCUUGGCACAGCUUAGUGUAGCUUAUUAACACAGGCUCAUUCUUCAUAAUAGAGACCAGGACGAACAUGAAAAACCAUAUAUUGUCUUUCAUCGUUCUUCACGGUUGGCAAGGUUAACCAACAUGUUGUAUCAAAUUCACAUUCCCGUGUUACUUUCUCUCAUGGCAUCUGCAUCCGCUUAUUGGAUACAAUUCAAUGCUGAGUCCAGAUGCGCCAGUAAAGAAACUUUGCGUUCAUGGAGCGGAUCAACAAGUCGAGGAUGUCAGGCACGUUUUCCGAGAAAAGCCAGUUCGGCAUUUGUCACGAAUACUGGGACAUCGGACGAUAAUACAGUGGUUGUUUUUUAUUCCUCGCAAGACUGCAAUCCCGAAAAUGCCAUUGCACGAGUCGAAAGUGGAUGUGUUGGAAUUGAAAGCGAGAACCUUGAAAUCAAAUACCAGUCAUUCAAUGUCAUUCGAACGUUUGAUUCGGCGAGGAUUACGCCGAUUUCGAAGAAUGAAUUUGGAUAUCAACAUGGUGGAAUAAAGCUCUAUAAAGGUGUGGAGUACCGGUGGUUGAAGCAGCUUGAUGGAUCAUUUCGAGGAGUGUUUCCAGAGGAAUGGGAUGAUGCUAUUUUGAAGCAACGAAAAGUACCCACCUCUGUAAGCUGAGAAAUUGCUUGUAAGGAGAUUGAAUCAGCGUGUGACGAACUCAGACAUCUUCGACACGAUAGCUCCCGGAAAUCAUUCACUGAUAGGAACAUGCCUUCAGCAUGACGAGCAUUGAUCAUAUGAGAAGCACUUCGAUUACCAGUCAGCCUACUAUUGUGUAUGGAUAUGUCAUACCAGGGUACACGCCAAGGGGAGACAGGAAAGCCACGGUGGAAGUGUUUACUCCAGAGGUCUGGAAAAUGGACGGGUAUAUUUGAAACCCAGAAAAGAGACAUCCAAGAGCACAGUUCUGAGAGUGCAAUGACUGAGUGAUGAUUCAAAGAUUUCACCUCCAAUCAGGCGGCUUUUCAAUCCGAAAUGUCUAAAAAAAAUACCUGCCCACUGUAGACA